ACCCAGCGCCCCAAACCAGAACUGCCGCGGGCAGCGGGACCCUGGAGGAGCAUGCCCUCCGAGCCCUGAGAGCCUCGACGUUCAGGGCGGUCGGGAACCUUCUGUGAACUGCUAUAGGUUGGAUCCGUUCAUCCAGAUCUGUAACUAGAGAAGGAUCCAAGUCCCCGAGGGACAUCUUCAGCUGGCAGCUCUUGCCCUCAGACCAUGGACUCCAAGCCCAGGCUGCCCCGUGGGAAAACUGGCCCGACUUAAGCUCUCCGGCCCGCGGUAGCCUUGCACCCCGGACCCUCCUCGGGCGCGGAAGCGGGUCCCGCCGCCCAGCUCAGCCAUCCCGCGCAGAGGCGGGAAGAACUCGGGCUGCUCCAAGUAUCUCGACUGGACCCUGAGCAGCCUCUUCUGCCCGGGUGGCCUCUCCUCAGGGUCUAACCACCUCGCGCCCCCGCGCGUCCGUCUUUGUUUCUGAGCUUGCUCUGAAAGUGAUGUAACGAGGCCAGGCUCGCGAGCCGCUUUCCCUCUUUCCUAGAUUAAGUCCUUCCUCCCUUCAGCUCCCGCGCUCUGCGCGCAGAGCUGAGCGCUGGGCUGCACACUGCUCCGCUCCCAAAGCCCUGGAGACCGACAGGCACAGUUGGGAAAGACAGGCUCCCACGUCCCACCUCCUGGAUGCAGAAUCGGUGGGAAAAGGCAGGCUUUCCUUCCAGAAACAAGGGAGAGAGCCGAGGGGACAGCUGCUGUGGAGGUUUUUAAGGAGACUCAGACUGGCUUCUUUCCCUGCUCCUGGGAGACGACAAGAAACCUCAGUGCAGUUUUGCCUCUGACAGUAGAGAAGAACGUUGCUCCCUGGCCAGCAGGCAGCCCCCAACCUGAAUGGAGUGAAAGAUGCGGCCUGAUGACAUUAACCCAAGGACUGGUCUGGUGGUGGCCCUGGUCAGUGUCUUCCUGGUCUUUGGCUUCAUGUUCACGGUUUCUGGGAUGAAAGGAGAGACUCUGGGAAACAUCCCCCUCCUGGCCAUAGGGCCAGCCAUCUGCCUACCAGGCAUCGCGGCCAUUGCCCUGGCCAGGAAAACUGAGGGAUGCACCAAGUGGCCGGAGAAUGAGCUGCUAUGGGUCCGCAAGUUGCCCUGUUUCCGGAAACCCAAGGACAAGGAGGUGGUGGAACUGCUGAGGACCCCUUCAGACCUGGAGUCAGGCAAGGGAAGUUCAGAUGAGCUGGCGAAGAAGGCGGGCCUCAGGGGGAAGCCUCCCCUCCAAGGGCAGGGCGAGGUGCCUGGGGCCAGCUCCAUCACCACCCCCACACCCAUGAAGGAAGGAGAAUGUCAGAGCCCUGUCCAGAGCAGGCAUCAAGAGGAGACAUCCAGAUACCUGGAUGGCUACUGUCCCUCAGGCAGUUCCAUCACCUACAGUGCCUUGGAUGUCAAGUGCUCAGCCUGGGACAAGUCUGAGUGCCCUGAGCCCGAGGACAGCAUCUUCUUUGUGCCCCAGGACAGUAUCAUUGUUUGCUCCUACAAGCAGAACAGCCCCUAUGACAGAUACUGUUGUUAUAUCAAUCAGAGCCAAGGCAGGUGGGAUCACGAGACAAUAGUCUAAGCUUUGCAUAAGAGGGUUGCUGUGUUGACAGAUACAUGACUACACGCAGCUCCCAUUGGAAGGAAACUGCCCUGCUCCAGCAGCCUUCACACUGUUAGAAACUAACCUGGUAAUGUGAUGGGUGUGCAAAUCUCCGGUGCCUGAGAGCCAUGUAAAUUAGGCACGUUGGGGACAUUUUAGGGAAGGGUGAUAAGGGUUAAGGACACUGAAAGAGGCAAUGGGUCGAAAAGCAAACAGUUCAAAUUGCUUUUUAACAAUUUAAACCAUGUUCGAUGUUCUGUAAAAUAACCCCAAAAGUGCUACCCAGCCAGUACCUGCUGAAAGCAAGAUAAAUCUAGAGUGGGCUGCAGAUACCAGGCAUGAAAUGAUAUGUGGACUAUUCAUAGGGAAACUGAGCUGCUUUCGGUCUGAAGAAAUUGAAAGAAAAAACAAUUCAAUGUUUCAUUAUAUGAAAUGAUCUUGUCUGGUGAAAGCUUUGCAUGCUCAGUAUUUGCUGAAAGAAAAAAAAUUAAGAUAGAUUAAGAUAGAAUACCUACACCCUUCUGAAGGUGUGAUGGUUACAGGAGAAAGGGGAGUUAAAGGCAGUUGAAUUAUGUAGUUUUAUGGUAUUAUCUUCAGACAAGAUCAGGGAUUUUAGGUAAAGUGAAGUAAAUAUGACCGGUUGUGUGAAAAACUAACAUUUUUAGAUGGCUAUGUCUUAAACUCUUCAUUUAAAUUGACUUAUUGGGUCUUUAUCUGAAGUGUUUUUUAGCAUUUACUAUCUUUCAUGUAUAAUUUCCUCAUCAGGUGCAAUAUGAAUUGAUGUAUGAUAAUUUUCAUAGAUUAGAGUCAAAAUGGAUUUUACAUAUGUAUACACGUGUCUUUAAUAUUCCUGGGAGAUGUAAUUACUAUUCCUAUAUGCCUUUUAAAAUCUGAAGACUAUGACAUCAAUACCACUAGUUUUGAACUUUAUGCAGAAUUUAUAUGAAAUGCAAUGGUUCGAUUUCUGGAAAUGUCAUUAUUUACAUAUUUGUUGAACACUUCCAAAGACUGUAAAUGCCAAUGAAAUAGCGUUAAUCCACUAGAUUUAACUAAAGCCCAGUUUUUAUUAAGUUCACCUGAUCAGUGAACAUUAUAUGACAAAAGCCUGUUUUAUUUAAUUUUUUGCUUUCAAGGAAAAAAAAUCAUAAUAAAAUCCUAAACUGUAUUUCCUAUUUCAUUUGCU